GAGAGAGAGAGAAAAGAAACAGCUUCCUCCCACACUGUUUCUUUCAGUGUCUUUAUAUUCUCCAGCAAAACCCUAAUAAAGAGCUCCCUCCCUUUUUACCUUGUAUAGAUAGAGUUUUGUUGUUGAUGUUAAAAAUCAAAUUGUGUUAGAGUCUUAGAGACAUUGUAAUCUCAAGACUUAUUAUAAGUGAAUUUCCCAAAACCCAACUUCAUUUGUUUGUCUCUCAUUCUCAUACUUCCACCCUUGAAAAUGAUCCUCAGAAAUUAACCAAACAAAAGAAGAAGAAAAAAACACACACACACACAAACACAUACACUUAUAUUGAAGCAAUUCAUUCAUUCAUAGCAAACAUUGAGCUUCAGAAUGAUUGAUGGUUAUGAUCAUGAUGCAGCAGCAGACCUCUGCACCACCCGCGUCUCACUCAAUUACUGCCCCCUCCUCCACCACCACCGCCAUUAGAUCACCUACGGCAACCCCCACACACUCGCAGCAGCCAUCGCCUCUCUCUCGCCAUGCUCUGCCUCUGCCCGCGCCACCUGUCGAUCACGUGCUGCCUAUCGCCGCUGCGCACCCUUCCAGUGAGCCUGCGUCCACAAUUCCGUGCCCACUUGCGAGGGUCCGGCUCUCCGAUAUUGCCCCGUAUGACGGGGCACCGUGCGGGCCGUAUUUGAGGGCGGUGGAGGCUCUUUCGGGGUCUCUGAUGAGGCACAAUGCGGCCGUCAUCGAAUUGGGUAGCGAGGACGCGGCUCUCUUGCGCUGCGGCUUGGAAGCUUCCAGGUUGUAUUUUAGGAGUAGAGCUCAGCUUGGUGCUGGGAAAGGAAGCCGUGGAGUUUACAUGUACAGAGCUGGCAGGGCUUUGGAAGAUUGGGACUCAUCCCCACCAUGCAUGGCUGAUAUUUUUAGGUGCAUGGGCAAGGCAGCCCAUGUUGCGUUGUGUGCAAUAGCUAGGCAUCUUCGUUUGCGAAGCGAUGUUUUUAACCAGUUACUUGAUGAUACUCCCCUUCCCGCUAAUGAGGCAUCCUCAUCAGUGCUUGUUGCAACCUACUCAAAUGCUUCCAUGCAAAAUGGAAAAGGUGCUAUUGGGGGAGGGAAGCCAGGAAUGAAUGGUGAAGUUGAGAAGGGGUUGUUGACAUUGAUUUCCUCAGACAGUCCUGGUAUACAGGUAUGUGACCCCAAUGGUCGUUGGUACCUAGCAGAGGUUGGGUUAGCUCCUGGGGAUGUUUUGCUACUUACAGGUAAGGCACUCAGCCAUGCUACAGCUGGCCUUCGCCCUGCUGCAUCGUAUAAAGCUGCUUCCGAUUACUCCUCAGGCAUUAAUAAUGGUGGGAGGACAUCACUUGCAUUUAGGCUCAUGCCACAAGGUAACGCUAUAUUAGAUUGCUCUCCAAUUGCAGCGGCUGGUCAUGUCAUUCCCCAGAGCUAUGUCCCAAUAUCUGUAAGCCAGUUUAUGGAUGAUCUUUCUGCUGAGGAAGAUGUAUUGGGCAGUCGUUCUGAUAGUACUUAUGUAGCUCGAAAUAAUUCAAACAAAGAACCGUCUUUAAGAAGUGUUCUCUCAGAUCCCUUAUCUGGUGCAUUCCUUGAAGAUGCUGUGGUAGUUUCCUGUGGGCAUUCAUUUGGCGGUCUCAUGUUAAGAAGAGUCAUUGACACAUCAAGAUGUACCCUCUGCAGUGCAGACAUUGAGAUCGGGUCUCUGGUCCCUAAUCUUGCUCUGAGAGCUGCAGCUGCAGCAGUGAAGCAUGAGGAUGAUCGAAGGCUAUUUCAUAACGCGACUAUCCGAAAGCGUCGGAAAGAAUUGGGUGACCAAAUGGAUUUAUCAAGAAGACCAAAUAGGGAAAAUGGAGAUGUUGGUGAUGAUGGGCUUCGUGGGGUGCAGUAUCCAUUUUCUGUGAAUGAAAAAGUGGUAAUCAAGGGGAACAGGAGGACUCCAGAAAAAUUUGUUGGGAAGGAGGCGGUCAUUACAUCGCAGUGCCUCAAUGGCUGGUACUUGCUCAAGAUUAUUGAAACUGGAGAGAAUGUUCGCCUACAAUACCGUUCCUUAAGAAAGAUGUAGAACGCGCCUGCCAAUGAGGACAGUGCUCUUCACAAACCAUCGAGAACAGCAUCUCACGAAAUCAUUAACUUGUUGUAGUACUUAAACCUCGAUAGAGCGAUAGAGAAGUUGCUCGUCAGUCCACCACCCCCCUUGUUGUAACUUCUUGUGUUGGAAUAUGUAACCAUAAGAGAAGUAGUGUAUUAGAAUCUGAGAGUUUCAGUUGAGCGCUUGUAAAAUGGAAAACAAUGAUACGUUUUUAGUUAGUGUUUUGGGUUUUACAGGUGAUGGUACUUUGAUUA